AUGCUGUACCUACUGCCACGCCUCACAGACGACAAAUCGUAUAUCGAUCCACGAAUCUUGAUAGGAGACGCACCUCUCAAUGCGGCACCAGUCGCACCAGCGUCGGUGACCACGCUCCCACAACUAUUCCAACACAAAGCAAGAACACAACCCGACAGUAUCGCCUACUCCGUCCAGACGGACAAUGGACUGGUUACCAUAACAUACGCGGAAGCAGACGCCAGGGCAUCGUCACUUGCCAUUCGCAUCGCAGCUCUCUCUCAACAUGCCAAAGACGACAAAGCACCAACAGUGGCCAUAUGGUUGGAAAAGGGUUUUGAACUCAUUCUCGCCAUCCUCGCCACGACAUGCUCAGGUGCUACAUGGCUUCCCCUCGACCCAGACGUCCCUGCCGAGCGUGCUGCCGUCUGCAUAGUCGAUGCCUCAGUCUCCUUGAUCAUCAGUGAUGCCGCCCACGCUGACCAAGUCCGGGAGGUGCAAGAGCGAGUCGCCUUAACAUCCCGGGAUGCUGGUAAACCGAGUCUCCAAUACCGUACCUUCUCACAACUUACGGCAGAAACACAAUCAUCACAAGGCCACAAUGCCGCUCUCAUUCCUGGCCCUCGACCACAAGAUGCUGCCUACCUCAUCUACACGUCAGGGACCACUGGCAUGCCGAAAGGUAUCGCUAUUCCACACUCUGCUGCUCUUAUGUUCUCUCUUAGUGAACGAGAAGUCCUUGAAACAAGUCCAAGUGACGUUGUCUGGAACGGGUUCAGCCCGGCAUUCGACAUGUUCGUCGAAGAGAUGUGGGUAACCAUCGCUGGAGGAGGCCAUCUCGCUAUCGGAACCCGUGCAGAAUGCAGAGAUGUGCCAGCGCUACCUGCAGUCUGGAAAAAGCGUGGCGUCACUCUCGUCAAUGCAGUACCGACUCUGAUCGGCAUCAUGAACAUUGCGCGAUCAGACGAUGGCGACUCUCUGCUUCCGUCAUCUGUUCGCCUGAUUAACCUUGGUGGUGAAGCUUGCCCACCUGCGCUGGUCAAAACUCUUGCAAAGCCUGGCCUUCGUAUCGUCAACACAUAUGGUCCUACCGAAACCACCGUCACCGCUACUUGGGAUGAGCUACGGCCUGAUGUCCCUGUCACAAUUGGCAAACCGCUACCUGGAUAUCACGCCUGCCUACUGCCCAUUUCUGAUGACAGUUCCUCGGCUGUUCUGGAGCUUCUCGAGUGGAAGGAAGGUGUUGAAGGAGAACUCGCUAUUGGAGGUCCUUGUGUCGGACUUGGAUACGUUGGACGCCCCGACUUGACAUCCCAGAAAUUCAUCGCUCACCCUCUGGGAGCUGUUGACGGCGAUAAAAUCUACCGCACUGGCGAUCGUGUACGACUGCAGGCUGACCGCAAGAUCAUCUUCCUUGGCCGCAUCGACACCCAAGUCAAGCAUCGUGGAUUCCGCAUUGAGCUCGGUGAGAUCGAGUCACGACUGUACGAUGUACCAGACGUGCAAGCUGCAGCCGUCAUCCUGGCCAACGCUGGAUCAGAAGCUGCUCGCCUCGAGGCGUUCGUGGUUCUCAAGGAGGGAACUGUCCGUGACAUUGCCACAAUCCACCAGAUUGCUUUUGACAGCUUGCCGGCCUACAUGCGUCCAGAGGAAGUGUUCUUCAUUGAGGCCGAUGAAAUGCCUCGACUACCCAGCGGCAAGAUAAACAGCAAAGCUCUACAAGACGUUUCCGAACGUAUCAAUGCCGAAAGGGCAGCUGCGCAAUCAAGCAAUGACGACAAUGACAUUUCGUCAGUACCAUCUUUCGUGGAAAUGGAUGGCGUGCUUGGCUUGAUGUUGGCUACUUUAUCGCCACUGUUCCCUGGAGCCCGUGUCCAGUCUGACAGCGACAUCUUUACCGACCUGGGUGGACAUUCAUUGAUUGCAGCAAUCUUGAUAUCGCGACUACGACAGGCAAAGCUUGACAAAGAUGACACAAGGCCCUUUGCUUCUAUCGGACUUGCUGAUAUCUACGAGCUCCGUACACCAGCCAGGAUCGCAACUCGUUUCGAAGUUGUGGAGAAGAGCAAGAGCCUUCACAUUGAUCUCAAAGAGGUCGAGUCUCUGGACAGUGAAUUCGAAAGUACCGGUUCAUGGACUGGCGAUUUCUUGCCAAUAUCGCAAACAAAAUUCGUCCUCUGCGGUGUUGCCCAAAUCCUACCGCUCCUGUUCAUUUUCUUCUUACAAUCCAUCGAGAUCCUGGUCCCAUAUCUGCUAUUCGACUUUCACGCAAUCGCUGGUCGCAUUGGCUACGCCAUUCUGACAGCCUACGCCGUCUUCGUAGUCAUCCCACCUGCUUUGAGCGUUGUAGCCAUCGCAGGUAAGUGGCUGAUUCUCGGCAAGGCACAGCCUGGCGAAUACCCUCUUUACGGAUUUUACUACUUCCGUUGGUGGUUUGCGGAUCGGUUGACCUCACUGGCAAAUCCCAAGCUGAUGGCUGAUUCUGGGCUCUACCCAAUCUUCUUGCGAGCGUGUGGAGCGAAAGUUGGGAAGUUCUGCCAUCUCGGUGCGCUCCAGAUCGGUCCAUGUGCUGAUCUUAUUGAGAUUGGUGAUGACGUCGUGAUUGGUGGUGAUGUUGUGCUGGGCGCCUGUGUGGUUGAGAGAGGACGUCUGGUCCUCAAGCGGGUCAUCAUCGAGAAUGGAGCAUCAAUCGGUUCGCGUUGUGUCGUUGAAGGUGGUGCGAUUGUCAGCGAGGAAGCUGAAGUUGCAUCGCUGUCACUGGUUCCUUCUGGUAUGGUUGUUCCAAGUUUCCAUCGCUUUCAUGGAUCGCCCGCGCGUUUGGACAAAGUCAAGAACGCCGAGGAUUCUCCUCGACCACAAGAUACCAGGCCUUCUAAAGCUCGGGCGACAGCUAUGCUGCUUGGUAACUCAUUUGUUGCUUUCCUGGUACUCCCCCUGCUUUACUUCGUGCCUCAGAUUCCAGGAUUGAUGCUCUUCGAUGUCCUCGACCUUCGCCAUGUCAGCGAAUGGUCGCAAGUCGCCAUUCUGUCCCUGCCUAUCGCUUUCGCAUACCAAAUUUUGGUCUUCUUGCAAUUGCUCAUCUAUCGCCACCUCUUCCUCGGACGCCUCAAGGAAGGCACUUACAGUACAUACAGCGUGUUUUACCUUCGCAAAUGGUUUGUUGAGAGACUGAUGGAUCUCGCCCUGGAUGUACUCCACCCCGUCUUCGCGACACUUUACAUUGUUCCGUUCCUCAGAGCUCUUGGUACUAAGAUUGGCAAACGUGCCGAAGUCUCGACAGCUCGCAACGUCUCAUUCGAUCUUCUCGAGAUUGGUGAAGAGAGUUUCGUUGCUGACGCUGUCAUCAUGGGUGAAGGUGUCGUCAAGGGAAACCAGCUGACUCUCAAGAAGACGAAGCUCGAGCCUCGUGCUUUCGCCGGUAAUGCUUCUGUGCUUCCCCAAGGAACUACUCUGGCUUCCGGUACUUUGCUUGGCGUGUUGUCCAUUGCUCCACCAGCAGAUACCCAGAUGGCGAACAACAGCUCCUGCUUCGGCUCUCCACCAGUACUGAUGCCCAAUCGACAGCGUACCGAAAGCCAUGAGGAUAAACUUCUCUUCCGACCAUCUGCGGGCCGUAUUGCUGCACGUCUGCUCAUCGAAGGUCUUCGUAUCGUUGUGCCGCGCUCAAUCAUAAUCUUUGGUCUAGGCCUCGGACUGCAACUGGCUCACGAUGGGUACCACAAGAUCGGCGCUGUUAACACGUUACUCAUGCUGCCCUUGUUCUACCUCAUACUCUUCGCAGCGCCAGCCCUACUGUUUACUGCUCUGAUCAAGUGGGUUCUUGUUGGACAGUACAAGCCCGCCGAAUGGCCGCUCUGGAGUCUGAACGUUUGGCUCAGCGAAGCCGUGACCAGCACCUGGGAAACACUCACCGAACCGCUCCUCGCAGCUCAACUGGUCGGCACGCCUUACCUCGCCAUGUGCUUCCGUCUCAUGGGUGUGAAUAUUGGCUCACGAGUGACCCUUCUCUCCUCCGACAUCACCGAGUUCGACUGCGUCACUCUGGGAGAUGAGUGCAUUGUCAACAAAACCUGCGGUGCCCAGACCCAUUUGUUCGAAGAUCGCGUCAUGAAAGUCGGCAAUGUGGUGUUGGGAAAAAGAGCUUGUCUCAAACCAUUCUCCGUCUGUCUUCCUGGUAGUACUAUCGAGGAUGAAGGUCAGCUUGGUGCUUUGAGUUUGUUGAUGAAGGGAGAGGUCUUGCCUAGAGGAACUGCUUGGGAGGGUGCACCUGUUGUUCCUCGCGCGAGGAGAUAG